GGGGCCUCUUGGGAGAUCAGGGCCAGACACGUGCCAGAUGCGUGUAGACCUUGGAGGGAAGCCAGAGACGGAGAUAAACGGAGGAAGGAGCUUGAAAAAGAUGUUCAGGAGCUUCUUUUGCUGCAGCUGACAAACAAAAACUGUCGUUGUGAUGCUUUCAGUGGGACAGCCUGCUUUCACAGCGGGAUGGGGGGGUCUCUUGCUAGAACAGCUGCAGAUUGAAUCCAAUCAACACCUAUUAGCACCUGAACCUCCUGGACUCCCAGCUCAUUUAACAGCACAAACACCAGCAGCAGCUCCUCCUCCUGCCCGCCGUGCGCGUGUCCAUGUGUGGGUGUGUGAGGCAGGGUCGCGCCCUCCACAGGGGGAGUGUUUAUUGAAGAGGGGAGAACAGGAGCAGGAGGAGUGCUUCCUUUUCGUCUGCUCCUGCAGCUCUAGCACCAACACUAAAACAACCGGUGAGGGAGCGUUUUGUGAGUCGUUGGCGUGAGUCUGAGUGGAGGAGCGGACUGGAGGUUUGGAGCAGCGAGGAGGUCAGAGGAAGGCCGCCAUCCUCACUGCAGCCCGCAUGGCGCCGGUCCGAGCCGGAGGCGUCCUGCUGCUCCUGGGCUGCUGCUUCGUCCUCCACAUCCCGCCUUCUGCAGGUCAAGGAAGUGACUGCACCUGUAACAUGACCAACAGUCGCUGUGAUGAGUCUGGAAUAUGCAGGUGUGACCCCGGCUGGGGCGGUGAACACUGCGACCGCUGCGUGCUCAUGCCUGGCUGUGUGCACGGCUCCUGCCAGCAGCCGUGGCAGUGCACGUGUGAGCCAGGAUGGGGGGGGCGGUUCUGUGAUAAAGACCUGAGCGUGUGCUCGAGUCAGCAGCCGUGCCAGAACGGUGCCACCUGUACGAUGAAGGACAACGGAGAUUUUACCUGUCUGUGUCCACAAGGCUUUCACGGCCGCCUGUGUCAGCGAAGGUCGGGGCCGUGUCAUCAAAGCAGGUCUCCCUGUAAAAACGGCGGUCUCUGUGAGGACGCCGACGGUUUUGCUGCGGAGCUUUCCUGCCGCUGUCUGGCGGGUUUCACCGGACCGCGCUGUGAGACAGACAUAGACGACUGUCGGAUGAAGCCGUGCGCCAACGACGCCGUCUGCCUGGACGGCAUCAACCGGUUCUCCUGCGUCUGUCCCGGCGGCUUCACCGGACGCUUCUGCACCGUCAACCUGGACGACUGCGCCAGCCGGCCCUGCCUGAAUGGCGGCCGCUGCCUCGACCUGGCGGGGGGCUUCCGCUGCAUUUGCCAGCUGGGGUUCAUGGGAAACACCUGCGACACGUCGCUGAGCAGCAACUGGACCACACGAGGGGAGAAGGGAAAAGGAAAGAGGAGCAGCAACAUGACUCACCACGGAAACAGACUGAUGAAGGUGACGGUGAGCGACCGCGGAGGGGCCGGCCUCUCGGACGUCCAGCUCAUCGUUGUGGUGGUGCUGGGGGCGGUCACUCUGGCGGUGGUGGCGCUAACGACUGGUUUGGUACUGUGGGGGCAUUGCCGGAACUGUAGCUCCACCCCCAGCUGGUCACGGACACGCUCUCAAGGAGCCGAGAGGAGUAGACGGCGAGGACGGAGUGAAGCGCAGCAAUGCCAGAUCAGCGUUCUGAACUCGGAACCACAGAAGAAGUCGAACAUGGAGGCGGUUUAAGAUGGCGGCUCUGGGAUUAUGACAAGAAAGAAACGAGGAGAGCUGCCGAGGUUGGAGGCUCCGCCCCUUCAGGUCAGCUGCUCUGAGACUCUCAGCCAGCAUCGCUGAUGCCGGUGUGCAGUGGGGACAGAGGCGGGAGUCCUCGACGAAGACGCACCAGCUUCAGUUUCAGCUGAAGUGGCUGCCCUCAGCAGGACUGCAGAGGUUCAUGGACGUCGGGGUCAGGAGGUCGACCCUCAUGUUUGCUUCAAAGGAUUCAGAGACAGACUCGAUCUACUAGAGAGACCGACAGGUUCUGGUCUGAGGACCAGAGCUGAGAUCAGCUGCUGGAGAAAUCUACGCUCAAAAACUCAGGUGUUUCAGUCUGAAAGACAAAUGAAAGUCCUUUAAAAUAAGAUAAAGAAAAAACAAGAAUAAAGUGAAGAAAUGUUG